UGUUGUUGGGUUCCGUACGUAUGGUUUAACUGAGUGAACGAAAAUGCGUAGAAAAGAAAACUGUACCUCCGCCCCAGAGCUAUUCUGCAAGUCACUUCCGCGCCAGGAUGUAAAGGAUUGUACGAGACUGUAUGAAAUAAUUUUAUACAUAUUUUUACAUGGAUAAGGGCACAAACAUUAAAGAAUUAUACAGAAUGUUACAAGUAGAUGGAGUAUUGACUCAAGGUCGGCAGGGGGGGGGUUCCCCAUUUAUCUGUAGCAUGACGUCAGGGGAUUUCCAGACUGUUAAAAUCUGUUUAAAAAAAAAAAAAAACGGAGAGGUUUGUAAACGUAGUGACAGAUCAGUCUGGCGUUCACAUCAGAAGCCGCGGAUUGCAAGACAGUUCAGUUUUAGUGCUAGUUCGCUGUUGGCGUUACAAGAUUAAGAAGUUAGACACGUGUCACUUGAUCAGGCGCAGUGCGGAAAACUCGUGGAAAGCAAGAAGAGGGAGCUUCAGCGAAUCCAUUACUGCUGGAGCUGUUAAUGUCAGCAUUACACGUAAACACGUAUGUUUGCAAAAUCUGAUUUCAACGCCAGUAUCAAUAUCGCGUUGUGAUUACAGCAGUUUGAGUCGGGCGGGGGCGGAGGGGGGGGGGGGAAAGGAAAGCAAGCCGACGUCACCGCCGACUGAUCAAAAAAGAGCAAAAAAAAAAAAGCUGUUUAUUUUUUUUUAAAUUCUGUUUAUUAAUAAACUGCAUCAUACAGUAUACAAACUAACAUGAAAAAUAUGAGCGGAGAAAACGGAGAUGCGCACACCUGCACGCCCCACACAGACAAUUCCAGGACCAGUGCAGCUGAUCACCUUGAAUCUCAACUGCAAGACCCUGAGAUAGAGCUAGAAUUAAUCAAUGAAUAUAUCAAGGAAGAUGAAGACCUGAGGCACCCAUUACCUGGCCCGCCACCACAACCAACUCCACUGCUGGAGACAGUGACAACCACAGAGCUCGUACCCAGAGGCACAGAGCAUUUCAGCUCAGCACAGCGAAUCGGAAAUACAAACUUUUCGCAUCACAGCGUCGGACUCGUGACUGUUGGGGCAGCGAUGAAGCGCCGGUCCGGGUCAGCAUCAGGGGCAGGACUCCCUCCCCAGCUGGUAGCCCGGGGCACCGCACCACGCGGUGGCACCAGGAAGCUGGUCCAGCGCGGGGGUCCAGCAGUGUCCUGUGGAGACACGAGCACACAGGGCCUGGAGGAAUUCCUGAACCUACCCAAGCUGCUGAUCACAGAGCAGCCCAAGCAGAGAGGGAUGCGCUUUCGCUACGAGUGCGAGGGUCGCUCUGCAGGCAGCAUCCUGGGGGAGUCGAGCAGCGAGCAGAACAAGACCCUGCCCAGCAUUGAGAUACAAGGCUGCAUUCAGCAGGUGAAGAAGGUGAAAGUGACCGUCUCGCUGGUGUGCAGAGACAUUCCCUAUAGACCUCACCCGCACAGCCUCGUGGGUAAAGACUGUGAAGAUGGGGUCUGUGUGGUGAGCUUCAGCCCCCGGGCCAACAGGAAGCACAGCUUCUCAAACCUCGGGAUCCAGUGUGUGAGGCGGAGAGAAGUCGAGCCAGCGCUUGAGAAGAGACGCAGCCAAGGAAUAGACCCGUUCAACACUGCCCAGUCGAGGAGCAUUGAUGAUGUGGAGAUGAACGUGGUUCGCCUGUGCUUUCAGUGCGAGGUGCUGUACGAUCUCGGAAACAAAAUCAAUUUGCCCCCUGUGGUAUCUGAACCUGUAUUCGACAAAAAGGCCACAACAACAUCGGAGCUGAAAAUUAACCGAUUGAACACUGCCAGAGGGCCGUGCUCUGGGAAGACUGAGAUCUACCUGCUGUGUGACAAGGUGCAGAAAGACGAUAUCGAGAUUAUCUUCAGUCUGGAGGGCUGGGAGGCGAAGGCGGAGUUUGCCCAGACUGACGUCCACAGACAGAUCGCCAUCGUGUUCAAGGCCCCGCCCUUCAAUGAGCUCGACAUCACCGAAGAGGUGGAGGUCAACGUGCAGCUGCGGCGCAUUUCUGACCAGAUGAACAGCGAGCCCGUCAAGUACACCUACUUCCCUGAGAACCAGGAUCCAUAUGACGUGAACAGGAAGAGGAAAACAGCCCGCUCGAAGUUGAAGGUAGAAGUUGACGACACAGAACAAACCACCCAUCUGCCAGAUCCUUUUCCUCACAAUGACUGGUCUGCUCAUCAGCCACUAAACCCUCAGUCAGAUACCACAUUUCUUGAAAAUGCAUUCUUCAAUAGUUAUCUUGAUGAAAGCAACUUGCCCCAAGAGGCAGAUGCACUUACUUGGGCUUGCUUGGAAAAUCCAGAGAUGCAGGUCUACAGUGAUAACCAGCUUGGAGGAGAAAAUAACAUGAGCUUAGCUGCUACAAUGAACAUGUGCAUCCACGCCCUGGAAAAAACAAAUGGCCUUUUCAACCAACAACAUGGAUACUUGGAUCCUUCCUUCCAACUGCCACCCGUCAUGGACCAACAGUUUCAAGCAUGUCCGAACUACAAUCUCACCAUGAACGAGAACAUUGAGCCCAGCCUGGGGCAAGGCGUCUUUGCAGGGUACCUGGAACAAAACCUCAGACCAGCCGAUGAGAAGGUGAACAGCAAGAUGCCAGAGGAGACGGAGAAACCGUGACCAGCUGCAGCCGGAGGCUAUCCGUGAUUUCUUGUUUGUAUUGACACUUCACUCAAGAGACCUUCAAUUGUAGCUGACAAUGCUGUUUGGUUGGCAAGCUCCAGGCACCAGAGGAGACUGAACUAUCAAGCCUGGUGCCUGAGCUAAAGCUAAGAGAACUGCACUUGAGGAACUGUAAGUCUUGGCUGCUUUAAGACGGAUUCAAAUAGGAUUUGGUAGGAUUUGUCAACCCAAGCAAGCAAACAAGACAACAGGGGGACCAGUGAUUCUGUUGCUGAUUGUUUAGCAUGGCUUUUGUACAUAAUGUCACAGCUACAGUUCAAUUUCUGUAUGGUAUUAGAUACACUGACCAUUCUGGUCCGCCCGUUAAACUGGACAUGGAGCUUGGAACGGGUGGAGUAUGAGGAGGUUUGGGGGGCUGUAUUUGUUUUGUUAUGUAACUGACGCUCCAGGGAAAAUUCAAUCAGACAGUUUAAAAAGGUUCCUGUUCAGCUAAUAAUCAUGUUUUAUUUAAGUUACUUAAAAGUAGUUUUUUUCAGACCUUUGUAAGUGCACUGUAAAUAUUUUAAA